UCAUGUCAUUGCAACGUGUACAGGUACAUGUCUCUCCGUCUCGCUUGGCUGACUUUCCUCAACGGCGUUGCUUUUGAGGUGCAAAUUUCGUUCCCCGGUCAUCAACCAUCGUCAUGAGCCGCUACUCGACAGCAGCCGGCAACGGACCAGGUGGCGCUGUCUCUGGAGCGGCACCCGGUUCGUCAUCCGCGGUGAUCUUCAACAUGUCUCAGAUUUCCGUGCGCUCCGUGCACCUGUUGCGAUGGCUGGUGAUCCUGUGCGCCGCCGUGUCGCUGAUAUAUUUCUGGUAUUGGCACCGUUGGAAUCUCCAGUACCAAGCCAGCCACUUAGAGCUUCCAUCGCUGAAGAAUGUUGGGCCGGAGUUUGUCCUCGGCAGGGAGGGCAAAAAGCUGCGGAUUCUCUCGGGCAGCCUCCAUUACUUCCGAGUGGUGCCGGAAUAUUGGGAGGACCGCCUCAUCAAGAUGAAGGCCUGUGGACUCAACACCGUCACCACGUAUGUGCCAUGGAAUAUGCAUGAGCAGGUCAGAGGUGACUUUGACUUCAGUGGCCAGCUGGAUAUUGUGGCCUUUCUGAACCUUUGCAAGAAGGUUGGGCUGUACGUUAUCCUCAGGCCGGGGCCCUACAUUUGCGCCGAAUGGGAUCUUGGCGGCCUGCCAAGUUGGCUCUUGAGCUAUGAUGAAAUGAAGCUUCGUACCAUGUACCCGCUGUUCAUCGACUCUGUGGACAAGUAUUUUGAUCAGUUACUGCCAAGGGUGGAGGGACUGCAGUAUUACCGUGGAGGGCCAAUUAUAGCCUUCCAAGUGGAAAAUGAAUAUGGUUCCUAUGGCAAAGAUGUGGAAUACAUGACCUACAUCAAAGAGGCCAUGGAGAAGCGAAACCUGAAGGAGAUGUUUUUGACAUCGGAUAACAGUCGGACAGCGAUGCUGAAUGGUCAUUUGCCAGGAGUGUUGCUGACAGCAAACUUCCAAGUUGCUCCAGAAAGACACUUCCAGGACGUUAAAAAUAUACAGGGAAUGGACAAACCGUUGAUGGUGAUGGAGUUCUGGUCAGGUUGGUUUGACCACUGGGGAGAGAAACACCACAUCUUCAGUGCCGACGGUAUUGCCGACCUAGUCAAGAGUAUCUUGGACCUGGAUGCUUCCAUCAAUUUCUACAUGUUCCAUGGUGGAACCAACUUUGGAUUCAUGAACGGAGCAAACCUAGACAAGAUCUACGCCCCAGAUGUUACAAGUUAUGAUUACGAUGCCCCUCUGUCCGAGGCUGGUGACCUGACGGAAAAAUACUACAAGGUCAAAGAAGUUUUGAAGGCAAAUACCCCCAAAGGAACAGUUCCAGAUUCAUUGCCCCGGAUACCCACCCAGAUUGGGAAAAUGGCAUACGGGGAUUUACAAAUCACUCACUACAUGACGCUGGACGAUUCAAUGGAAUUUGUCGGGGAGCCAAUCAAAAUGGACCAUCCCGUUGCCAUGGAGAAGCUGCCCAUCAACCAAGGUGGGGGCCAGGGCUAUGGAUUCCUCCUUUAUCGCACGACCGUCGACCACAACCCAGAGAAGCUGAAGUUGGAUCACCCACCCCAAGACAGAGCUCAGGUGUUUCUGAAUUCAAAGCAAGUCGGUGUGAUGACCAGAGUUGACAACCAUGAGGAUACAUUGCUGACAUUAAAGGGAGGGGUGAAUGGGCCCAAUAGGUUGGAGCUGUUUGUAGAAAACAUGGGGCGUGUCAAUUACGGAAAUCAUCUGGACCAUGAACGGAAAGGAAUACUCGGAGAGGUUGAAGUUGACGGCAAAACCCAACUGAAGUGGGACAUGUUACCCUUUGAGUUUAAGAAGCCCUUCCUUGAAGCGGUGUCGGCCUCUAGUAAGUGGAAGGCGUUUGCACCAGUUGAAGGUCACCGCCCAGCGCUCUACAAAGCGACGCUAGAAGUUUCUGAAAAACAACCCAAGGACACUUUUGUCGACAUGACUGGAUGGGAAAAGGGGGUGAUAUGCGUCAACGGUUUCAACUUGGGCCGUUACUGGAGUCUCGGCCCGACGUCAACCUACUACCUGCCUGGCCCGCUAUUAAAGCAAGGCAAAAAUGAGAUAAUCAUCUUUGAACUUCAUCAGGGUAGAAACAAAAUCAGUCUAACAGAUAAGCACAACCUGGGCGACACCGUUCACGUGACCAAUGAUGAGGAUGCGUUAUGAGGUAGUCACGGCGAGUGUCAUGCUGGAACACUGGCCAGACCCAGCAAUGCACCUCCUCGACAAAGGAAUGAUGUCACUGGUCGUGUGAUCAACUGCCAACCAAUCAUGGAAGCUUGAUUCCAGUCAAACCCUCUGCUGAUGAAAUUAUCAUCAGUGAUGACAGAAAUGUAGAAAGCCUUUUUUUAAAAAUUGUUUUAAUCAGCUCAACAAGAAUUUGCCCUUAGUUCUUUCAUCUUCAAUGUGUCUCUUUCCUGUGAGAUAAUUUGUUUGUUCCCUGUUUGACAUAUUGAAUGGUAACAAGUGGAAGGGGCGGGGUAAUACACCCAGGUUUGGGGGCGUCAAUGCGACCGAGCAGGAUGUUUUAAAAGACUCACCAUCAAGUCUGAAAUUUUGGGGAGAGGAAGGAAUUUACUACGUGUUCUUGGGUAAAUGUAAUUCUUCAACACAGAGAGGCUCAGUUUCAAUGUGGAUAUGCGCAGACGGCGCUAAUGUGGAAUCCAUCUAUUUGCUUUUUAACACGUGAAAAACAUGUCUGCAUGCCCCUAAACCACCUCAGAAAUGUCACUCGUUACACCCCUGUCCAGAAUUUGCAAUCGUUACAGCUCCCUUUGUACAUGUAUUAAUUGAAUGAUUGAUCAAAAUAAGACAUCAAGUGGGUGCAAUGCAAGCUCCUGAAAUGAUAUAAGCAAGAGAGUUUUCAUUUGGGUUUGCUUUAUUACUCCAACUCCGUAACUCUAGUGAGCAGUCAACAACUCUGAUAUUGACUCUUGGUCACUUAAUUUUUUUCUGUAGAGGGGUUAAUAUGAAAGGGAUAUUUUUUGUACCAUUGAUGCGGUGUAGCGGUAUAGCAUUAUUCAGACGUUAUUGGUGGUGCUCAUGCAGCUGGGAAAUUUAGGUUAAUUAUUAGAAGUUUUUGUUCAAUUGUAAUUUAACCGGAUUUGCUUUGAUAAAAUUCUAAAUGGUAGAUUUUAUUCAUUAAAGUAUUAACAAAUUUGUGGAGUUCUCUGGUGCUCUCCAAAUCUUAGCUUCACUUCCAUAAUGACAUUUAAAGUCUUGUGGUACAAUUUUAGUUUUCUGAGUUGAAGCUCAAGAUAAUUACAGAAGUGAGCAAUGAUGGAAGCUUUAAUAAACGGUAACAUGCUGGGCAGCAUGGAACAUUUUAAAAGCUGUCAGAAACCCAGCAAAUCACUGUUGAUGUCUUUCCGCAAUAACGGCAGUGCCCCACAGGAAUAAUAGACACGAAUAAUAGCCAAGUCAUGAACCGUAUCAAACAUCAGCAAAACCCAUAGCAAAGUGUGGUGUAAGGAUUUACCAAAAAUCAGGCCGAUUUUUGAUGUAUUACCCAGCAUGUUAGUACUGACUGCAGACUUUAUUUUUGAGAAAUUAUUCUUAUGACACAUUUUACUGUGGGAGGACGCUACAUGUAUGUUUGUUGAUGUUUGAUACCCACUAUCAUCAUGUGACUUAGCGGGAGCUAUCGUCAAUGGAGUGCACGACGAGGAAGCGCUGAGCCAUGCUUGUUAGUCUGUGACAUCAUGCUCAACAAGGCUGCUGAUUGCUUACACACCAAGUCUUAGUGAGGUGUCUUUAAGAAAUCGCUUUAGGUGUCUGAUUGCAGUGGGUUUUUGCCCCACUGUGUGGUUUGUCCGUUGUUGAUGUGAACAGUCACAGAGGAAAUUGAUGUGAAUGAUAUCAUGUUUGGUGCAGAGUUCCAUUAUUUCAGUUUCUAAAUUGGCCCUCAAGCUCUGUGUUGCUGCUUUCUUAGUCUUGGUUACAAGACGUCACUAUUCGUUUGCUAUUCAGUAUUCAUUAUUGACUGACAAACCUGUCUCCGAAAGACCGAGCUAUCUUAACCAACUGCCAUUACCCACAAUUAGCAGCGGCAGCAAAGACAGUUUGUGGGCAAUAUCGACAGAGACUUCUUAAUGAUAACGCCCUCUUUUCAUUAGUGACAAAUCCAGGUAAAAUUUGCAAACCAUCAACAAUGUAGCUGCAUGUUUUAUUUAAAUCUUUAAAGAAAUCAUGUAAAUAGUUCAUAUUACUUUUUGUUUUCGUUUAACACAAGUAGACAUUCUGUACAUGAAUACAAUACAUGUAUAUGGUGCAUUUAGCAAUGUAUUAUAUUAAAUUGAAAUGUAUUUCUAGUUCUUCAUUGACCCUUUUCAACUUCAGUUGGAAUUAUUGGAGUGUAGACUAGUUGUUAGUUGUGACCCUGAAAUCAUGGGUAUUGUGCUUUUGUAUUUUAUUACAAAGGAUAAUUAUUAAAAUGGAGGAAAUUAUGGAUUGUGGAGAUGGUAA